UCUUUUUUUUGGUUUUCUUAGAUGCGAGCAAUACUGUGAAGCACUGAGUAAGACGAAGCGAAUGACAGCAUCAUCUCGGGGUGUAGAGCUUUGAUAAAAACAUACAUCUAGACUGUUGCUGCCAUCAAACAAGCGCACGAUGGAAUUGAUUGAUCCUUCCUUCUUUAUCAUGGGUUUGGUUUUGGCUUCGGCCAUAGGAGAUGAGACAACAACAAAUAGUGGGUCCACAGUUACAUGGGAAUUUGACGACCAGUUGUUCGACAGGAACAACUAUAAAUCUACCACUGUACCCUCCACCACCAGUGUCUCCAAUAUCACAAGUAACAUGAACAUCACAGACAACAUCAACAGCACCACCAUGGCCUCAACAACAAACCAGAAAGGGGGUGAAACUACUAAAGGUGGCAAAGACUUGGCCACACGUAAACCCACUGGUCCAUUCAGAACCACAUCUGCAAAUGACAAAGAAAAAGACAAAACAGUGACCCCCAGGCCACGAUCCGCAGGAAACACCACCGGUAUUAUCAUCCUCCUGGUCAUCAUCGUGGCUCUUGCAUUUGGAGUUAUCUACUACAUUGUGCGGAAAAGAGGAAGACGAUACUCUGUUGACUUCACAUCCAGACAAGAUGAAGCCAACAUCCCUCUCAGCAUUGUGGAUCCCCAGAUGCCCGCUGACACUGUUUCUCAGAAUGGUCUGCAAACUUUUGGAAGUGCAGAAACUGCCACGAAAGAGCCUCAAGAACCGGAGGCAACACCUGCAGCACAAGCGGAACAGACAACUGAGGCUGAUGGGUCUGUUGCUGAAGCCAGCGCUGAGUCUGCAGCAGCUCCGGCACCUUCUCCAGACAGCACUGAGGACGAACCCAAUGAGGACGUCGUGGAGCAGAGUCCUCCUGCACCUGUGCAGCCCAGCGGGGAGGAGAAAACUGACGACGAAGGCGCCGACUCCAACAAGACCUCAGUGGAAUCGCUGAAAGAGACAAACGAGAACAACAGCAACAAUGCUGACUUCAGUCAGAAGCGAGAUCUGCAUUCCAGCAACAGCUUCUGGGACGUUCCCCUCAACUGCCCAGUGUGACAUCAUUGCCUCGCUGCUCUUGUCCUGUAGCUCAAAAAACUUGUGGUGUGUUGCCCAGUGUUUGGGUCUGAUCCAGCUGCUAUAUCCAGCCUGUUUCCAUGGGCUUCUGCUCUCCUUUAAAGACAAGUGAUAGCGCCGGGCCGGCCUAUAUCAAUCUGCCCGCAGGAUGCUUUAAUCCACCAUUAAGCAGAUGAAAUGUUGCACUGAGCCUGCGGCGCAGCAGUGACGGCAGGAGCGGUUCUAAAAUUUGUGCCCUUACCCCCUCAAACCUGACCGCAGUCAUGGACACCCUGCACCAAACCACCCAGUGCAGCAGAACACAAGCCUCUUCCUCCCCGGAACUGGAUCCAAAUGUCUCAGGUCUCAGUAUCCUCUAUUAAUACACUGUGUAUAUUUACAACAGCCCGGAUGAUUAGGAUGCUAGCGAGUAGCGCUGGAGCAAAGAAAAUGUGAGGGCAAUCUUCUUUGGCUAUUCUAAGGAGACAAGGAGUUUAUUGGGGGUGAGCGACCUCUCUGAUAUCAAAGCUCACUUUCCGGAGCGACUUCACACAUUCUCCCGUUGGUCCUUUAAUUUUUUUUUCUGCGUAACCUUUAUUUAAUCACGUAAUCUUGAAGAGAUUAACAUCUCUUUUGCAAGAGACAUUUGAAUACAGCAAGAAAACCCAUAUGUAUGUACAGUGCAAAGACAAUAAACUUACAUAUAUAGAACAGUGCAUUUCCAUAAAAAACACCUUUAAUUAUGUUUCUUGGUUUAAAGUAUGAAAUCACUCAGUGGGGUUACAUGAUCAAGAUUAUUUUGCAUUUAUACAACAUAAAAAAAUCGAAAUGAAUAAUUCCAAAUCACGUCCUUAGUUUGAUGCAUGUCAUUUGAUGCAUGUUCUUUCUCUCUGUUAAAGCUUCCAUAUAUAUCUCCACUGUCACUAUCCAUUAAAGACAAAUGAUCUAUGUACCAA